CUUUAAUCUGUCAAAGUAUACUUUGGCUGGGGGAUUUAAUUAUUUUUAUGAAAAUUGGAAAUUUUAUUAGAAUAAUCAUUUAUUUUUUGCGUACCUAUUAUCACAAUGGACAAACACAAUAGUUCAGAAAUAUUAUCAUCAGAUUUUUCGCUCUCUAAAAAUGCCAGUUCUGAUUCGUUGGAUUCCGAUUCGAAAUCAAGUUCAUUGAAUUCUAAACACGGACAGGACUCCCCGCAUGUAUUGGGUGAUAUACAGUUGCUUGACAAUGAAAAGGUGAUGAGUGUGGCACGUGAUGUCACAUACUUGUGCCCCUUCAGUGGACCAAUCCGAGGAGUCCUGAAAGUCACCAAUUACCAACUCCACUUCAGACCGUUAGAUGCGGCAGCCCUGCAGUGCACACUUAGUGUUCCACUGGGCGUUGUAUCCCGCAUUGAAAAAGUAGGAGGUGCUUCAUCUAAAGGAGAAAAUUCAUAUGGUAUCGAAGUAUUUUGUAAGGAUAUGAGAAAUCUUCGUUUUGCACACAAACAAGAAAACCAUUCCAGGCGUGGCAUUUUCGAAAAACUACAGCAACUUGCGUUCCCUCUGUCUCACAGACUUCCAUUGUUUGCAUUCAGUUACUCUGAGCACUUCCCAGAAGAUGGCUGGCAUGUGUAUGAGCCAAUUGCAGAGCUCAGGAGAAUGGGUGUAAACAACGACAUGUGGCGCAUAACUCGCAUCAACGACAAGUACGAAGUGUGCGACAGUUACCCUGCAGUGUGGGCGGUGCCGGCGGCGGCUAACGAUGACCUUCUCCGGUCGGUCGCUGCGUUCAGGUCGCGAGGACGGAUACCGGUGCUGGCGUGGAUACACCCGAGCUCACAGGCGACCAUAUCUAGGUGCAGCCAGCCACUUGUUGGGGUUAGCGGUAAACGCAGCCGUGAGGACGAGCGUUACAUCCAGCUGAUUAUGGACGCCAACGCGCAGGCUCACAAGCUGUUCAUAAUGGACGCCCGGCCCAGUGCAAACGCCAUCGCUAACAAGGCGAAAGGAGGCGGAUAUGAAUCGGAAGAUGCCUAUCAAAAUGCUGAACUUGUCUUCCUUGAUAUUCACAACAUACACGUGAUGAGGGAAAGUCUGCGAAAACUGAAAGAGCUUUGUUUUCCACAGAUCGAUCAAACUAGAUGGUUUAGCGGAAUAGAGGCUAGUUGCUGGUUGAAACAUAUCAAAUGCAUACUAGCUGGCGCUGUUCGCAUUGUAGACAAGGUGGAAAACCACAAAACAUCCGUCCUCGUCCACUGUUCGGACGGGUGGGACCGUACUGCUCAGCUGACAGCGCUGGCUAUGCUCAUGCUGGAUCCCUUCUACCGCACGUUGAGAGGCUUCGAAGUGCUCAUCGAGAAGGAGUGGCUCUCGUUUGGACAUAAAUUCCAGUUGCGUAUAGGCCACGGAGACGAGCGUCACUCGGACGCGGAUCGUUCGCCAGUAUUCGUGCAGUGGGUGGACUGUGUAUGGCAACUGCAACAACAGUUCCCAACUGCGUUCGAAUUCACUGAGCGCCUGCUCAUAACAAUAGUGGACCAUCUGUAUUCUUGCCGCUUCGGGACUUUCCUGUUCAACACUGAACGCGAGAGGUUUAAGGAAGAAGUAAAAACGAAGACAGUAUCUCUCUGGUCCUACAUCAACAGCCGUCAGGAUCUGUACCUGAAUCCGCUAUACUGGGGGCCGUCCUCCUUCGGGACCUCGCCUCCGUCGCCGUAUUCCAGGCCGCAAGUGGUGUUGGUGCCGGUUGCUUCGUUGAGGGUCAUCAAGCUGUGGAAGGCGCUGUAUUGCAGGUGGAACCCUACUAUGAGACAGCAGGACCCUAUCUACCAACGGACCAGAGAGUUAGUGGCUCUUCGGGCUCAAAUAGAGGCGGCGGCGGCAGCGGCGGCGGGUGACCACGCCGCAAGACAGCACCGGCUCGGUCUGACUCCGCCGCGGGUGGCCAGUCCGCACCAUGUUUGAGACAAGUACGGUGACACAAAAUCGAGUUUCAAGUAUUUAGUGCAUACUUAGUAAACUUCGCGCUGCGCCUGACGGAUGCCAAGUAUGUUACGUUUUAAAUAUUAAGAAUUAUUGUAUAAAUCGUUAUCCAUUUUGGUUUGUGUAUCGAUGUUGGUAGUUGUAAUAAGUAUUGAUCAAACAUUUGAGAAUAUUGCCUUACAUUAUUAUUCAAUAGUAAAUUUCGCGGGUGCUUUAAUUUUUUUCGAAAAUGAGCCGAACGGAAAUGAUAACUUUUAAAAUAACGUUGCAUUUAUUUAGUAGAGUUUAGACUUAAAAUUUUAGACAUACCGAAAUAUUAUUUUUGAUGUUAUAAGAUAGACAACAAUAGGUACCUGGAAAAUAGAUAUUAGACACGGAUAUUGCCUUUAACAUUAUUAUUGUUAAAGAGUACUGUAUAGGCGUUUGUAGCUUCUACAAAAUGUACUUAUACAUCAAAUUAAUUUUAUUGUUUGUUAUACUUGCCUGGUUAAAAAGCCGUUAUUCUGAGUUAGCGUGGGAGGAGCUAUGGCGACAAAACGUAGCCAAUCAGAUACGAUCAUAAGAUGUAAAUUAGCGUCGCAACAGUUUGUCAUUUCUGCUGUUUAAUCCAUGAAAUCCUGCGUUGAUGUAGUUAAACAAUUUGGCCCCAAUUUCAAUGUUGCCAAACGCACGGCACUCGUGAAUCCUACCAGCUAACGUCGCCUUACCAAUAUAAAAUAAUCAUUAUUACCAAAGCGCUCCGCCAUUAUACAAAAAUAUAAUACUUAUGGUUUCGAUUUUCGAAAAUAAUAAGUAUUUUUGCAGACCUCAGAACUGUUUGUUUAAUUGUAUUUAUCAUAUCUUUAAAAUUCGUGUAAUUACAAUUUAAAUUAGUGUUAAAAUUUUAUUAUAAUUUAAAUUUUCUAAAAUGAGAUUAUUUGCGUGUCUAUCAGUAUAAAUACUGAUUUUAUUUACUUUGCCGUUUGUUACAAAUUUACAAUUAGUUCUUAUUUUAGUAAAAAGUUUUUGUAUUGAUAAGUUCAAGUUUGGAUUUUCUUAUUAUAUGUACAUUCCUCUGUGUUAUAAUAUUUUUCAUGCCAAAUCAAAAGAUUGUCACUUUUAUGUUACAUUUUUGACUCUGUUUUCAUUAUCAUAAGAGUACUGAAUUAUUGUAAAUAAAUGAAACGGAACAUAACAAAUAACUUAUUAUAAUGUAUCAAAAUUAUUAUUAAUAAAUGCAUAAGUAUUGCAAAUA